AGACAAUCAGCUCAUUAGGCCCUGAUUGGCUGCAAGCUGCAAUAAAGCCUCCUUUCUGCUGCUCAGACAAGCAGAGCAAGUCACUUCGGGGCUACUGGUUCUUUACUGCUGUCUUGGAACAGAGAGAGAGAGAAAUAUGACUUGUGGAGUUCAUUUGGGGAUUUUCCUUAUUGUCUUGGUUCAAGCAGAGCAUGUGCGCUGUUUGUGGGCUUCACAAGCAGCUCAGAGCAAGAACAACAACACAUAUGUUGGCUUCAGGCAAAAUAAUCGGGAAGCUGGUGUCAACUAUCUCCAGAAUCGACUCAGACAGGCUCAAAGCAGAAACUUAAACAUACCUUCAGCUGUGGGCAGUCGUUUUAGCUGGGGGCCUUCUACUGGUGGCUACACACAAACUGUUUCACAGCCAGCUAAAAGUGGCUUAGCUAAAGUCAGGUUAGUGCAGGGCAGCUCAGUGUCAAAACCUAACUUGAAUCGUGUGCCUAAACAGCGUUUUCAUGGCCUUUCUAGUGCUAUUGUCGGUAGCGAUUCUCUGAGUAAGAGCAGCAACAAGGACACGCAGAAGUCUUCCAGCCUGUUUGGUGCCGGUGCUCCUGAGCCAAACCAAACCCCUGCACGGACCAAAACUUCCUCCAGUGUUCGCGCUAAGCUAGUGUCUAAAACGGAUAAACCUUCCCGUCCUUCAGCUCCUAAAAACCCCAGCCAGACUGAGGUUGUGAACCCAUACAAGAGUAAACUGUUUUCAGGGAAUGCAGGAAAUGCCAGAGGAAGCUACAAGGCUACUUCCAUGGCCUCAAGUUAUGGCACUUCUCUUGAGUCCAAUGUAGGAAAUGGUCCCAUCUUCAAGCCUCACAGUUACUCAACGAGCUACGGCUCCAAAUCAUCCAGAGAGGGAACCUCUGGUAAGAAGUUAGCCCCGACCAAGACCCACAUCAUCCCUGAUCAAUUUGGUGGCUAUGCUAUCAGACGGCUGAAGGCUCCUGGGCAGGAGAAAGUGAGUGUUAGGAAGCCCCAGCAGGCCUACCAGACUCCCAUCAAGGCCUACGUGGCCCCUCAGCGGCAAGCAACAAACCAGGCCUACAAUGCUCCCCAGCAGCAGACUCUCAACAGGGUCUACGAGACUUCCAACAAGGCCUACGAGACUCCCAACAGGGUCUACAAUGCUCCCAACAAGGCCUACAAUGCUCCCAACAGGGCCCACGAGACUCCCAACAGGGCCCACGAGACUCCCAACAGGGCCCACGAGACUCCCAACAGGGCCCACGAGACUCCCAACAGGGCCCACGAGACCCCCAACAGGGCCUACGAGACUCCCAACAGGACCCCCAACAGGGCCUACGAGACUCCCAAUAGGCCCUACGAGUUUCCCAACAGGCCCUACGAGUUUCCCAACAGGCCCUACGAAACUCCCAACAGGCCCUACGAAACUCCCAACAGGCCCUACGAAACUCCCAACAGGCCCUACGAAACUCCCAAGAAGGCCUACGUAGCCCCUCAGCGGCAAGCAACGAACCAGGCCUACAAGGCUCCCAACAGGGCCUACGUGGCCCCUCAGAGGCAGGCUGAACCCCAGGCCUACAUCUUUCCUCAGGUUGCUCCUCUCAAGUCCCGAGUGCUCACAUAAAUGCCAAAUGGUUUCGUGUCAGUCCAAAGUGGGGACAAUAGCAGGUGCAGCUGGUGUCCUCGGAUGAAUAUUUUAUUUUUAAAUAAAUACAUUAAUUUAC